GAUAGGAAGCUACGAAGAUGCCCCGGCGGAAGGCAGAUGCAGCCAGUUCAGGGAACGGCACAGGGACAGCGCGCAAACGGGCGAGCACCGGCCGAGGGGGCCCGCUGACCGCCAAGAAGAAGAACCGAAGCGGUGGGGGCAGCAGCAGCAGUAGCAGCAACAACGGGGGCGGGGGCAGCAGCGGAGAGGAACAAGACGGGCUGGUGUUGCCGCUGCUGUCCGCCCCCGGAGGAAGCAAGAAGGCGCCCCGGGCCGGAGGGCGAGAGCAACAGAACCCGCCCGGCUUGCAGUCACCCCAGGCCGCCGUGGUGGUCAACGAGCCCGAACACACCAAGGAGCGCAUUAAACUGGAAGGCUCGAAAUAUAAAGGACAGCUUUUGAUAUUUGGAGCCACCAACUGGGACUUGAUUGGCCGGAAAGAAGUCCCCAAACAACAAGCUGCUUAUCGCAACCUUGGUCAGAAUCUGUGGGGGCCGCACAGGUACGGAUGUCUCUCAGGAAUCCAAGUCCGGACAGUAAUUUCGGGUCCGUGUGCCGCUCACAGCCUCUUCAUCACCGUGGAAGGGAAGCUGUGGAGCUGGGGACGCAACGACAAAGGACAACUGGGCCAUGGAGAUACCAAGCGGGUCGACGCCCCCAAGCCUAUAGAAGUGCUCAGCAGUGAGACAGUCGUGUUGGCCGCUUGUGGGCGCAACCACACACUGGCCCUCAUAGAGAACGGAUCUGUUUUUGCUUUCGGGGAGAACAAGAUGGGACAGCUUGGAUUGGGGAACCAGACCGACGCCAUUCCCAGUCCUACGCAGAUCAUGUACAACGGCCAGCCGAUUACCAAGGUAGCUUGCGGGGCAGAGUUUAGCAUGAUUAUGGAUUGCAAAGGGAAUCUUUACUCGUUCGGUUGUCCUGAAUAUGGACAGCUAGGGCACAACUCCGACGGGAAAUUCAUUGCCCGAGCCCAAAGGAUAGAAUACGACUGCGAGCUGGUUCCCCGUCGCGUAGCCAUCUUUCUCGAGAAAACCAAAGAUGGCCAGAUCUUACCGGUCCCGAACAUCGUUGUAAGGGAUGUGGCGUGCGGUGCAAAUCACACGCUCAUCCUGGACUCACAGAAACGAGUCUUCUCCUGGGGAUUUGGCGGUUACGGCCGAUUGGGACAUGCGGAACAGCGGGAUGAGAUGGUGCCACGGUUGGUGAAGCUUUUCGACUUCCCUGGCCGCGGGGCUGUGCAAAUCUACGCAGGCUACACCUGCUCUUUUGCGGUCAGCGAAACAGGAGGCCUGUUUUUCUGGGGAGCAACGAACACUUCCCGAGAGUCAACGAUGUACCCCAAAACCGUCCAGGAUCUAUGCGGUUGGAAAAUCCGUAGUUUGUCUUGUGGGAAAAGCAGUAUCAUAGUUGCAGCGGAUGAGAGCACCAUCAGCUGGGGACCUUCUCCUACCUUUGGGGAGCUGGGUUACGGAGAUCACAAGCCGAAGUCCUCAACUGCAGCUCAGGAGGUGAAAACGCUGGAUGGGAUUUACACAGAACAGGUAGCCAUGGGCUACGCGCACUCCUUGGCGAUUGCCCGCGAUGAGAGCGAAGCUGAAAAGGAGAAAAUCAAGAAAUUGCCAGAAUACAAUCCACGCACCCUCUGACCCGGGCACGUGACUCUUCCCUCAAGCGGCCGAGUGCCCCCAUUGGCGGUCGGCGAAGAGACCGCGGGCCGCCCCUCCGUGCAUUUUGUUAGACUUCUGAGAUAUCGGUUUUUAUACGCCAUUUGAAGUUUUAACUACCUGUCGCUACGACUUUUCCGUGCCCUGCUCCCUCCACCCCAUCCUUUUCUCCCAAGGUGGCUUCUUUGUAUUUUGUUUUCGUUUCCCUUAUUUUUGUGGUGGUGGAGGAGGAUAAAUUGAAGAAUUCGUCUCUUUUCGGUCACCAUAGUCCGAUGCCAAUUUCAGCACCGUUUUCUCCAUUUGUUCAUCCCCUCUUAAACCUGUUUGGGACCAGUAAGCCAUCAUUGAAAGUUGUUUUUUUCUACUGCAAAGAGUGGCCUAUGCUUUCUGUUUUUUUCCCCGAAGAAGGCACUAUAUAUAUAUUUUUUAAUUUCUGUGCCUUUCUGUAAUUUCCUUUGGUAUAAUUGGGCAUCAGGCCUCUGAGUUCAAGAGUUCCCAUUGAUCUGAGCGAUUGUGCCACUGUUUUUCCGUGUUGCCACAGGCGCUAAGCGUCAUUGUGUGUUCCUUUGUGAUGCACAGCGUUGCUUUCUCACAACCUGGUUCGUUGGGCAUCUGGAGGACGGGGAGACUCGUAGGACAUUUUCCUUGAAAGUGGCAGUUGUCCUGAGAUCAGCAGGCUGACCACAGGAGGGUGCUUCAGAUCUGGUUUCAGAACAAGUGAAGUGAACUUGUUGCCUUAAAACAUAGCUGGAGGGAAAUUUCCCUCUCUAGGCUAAAUUCUGAUCCUGGUACUUAAACUGGAAAAAAAAAAUCCUUGUUUAUCUUUUUCUCUUUAUUGAUUGGCGUCCACUUUCCUAGAAAGUGGAAAUUUUGAGUUCCUCUUUCGAAAGAGGAAUUUCUUCAGAUCGUUGAAUGGCGGCUGAGAGGUUGGUUCUGAGACUGACGCAUCAGGCCUCCUACCCCUUAGAAUAUUUUGAGUCUGGGGAACGCCAUUGCUGCAGACCCCUUCUUUUGAACCCCUAAGAGGCGACCACCCUUUGAUCCCUGAUCGUG